CACCUUAUUCGUCGUACAGCUCCCGCCAAGGGUUUCUGUCAACUACGAACUGCCGGUGCAAAAGGUUCCCGGGUACCUGUUGUAAAGCACCACGACGGACGCGUGCACUCGCGCGGCGGUACCUCGCGCAUGUUUGUAGGGACCGAAGCGAUUCCGGCGGAUUCGUCAAGAAGAGGAGGAAGAGAAGAAGUCACGUCUCUUGGAUAAAAACGGGCUCGAUGAUCGGGAGAGAUCGCGGCACCGUAGCGAAUAGGUGUCGGCAUCGGGGCGAAAGAUCGUUCGAUAAAAUCGCUCACUCACGCUGCGUGUUCGCGUGCUCGAGAGUGACAGUGAGGAUACGCUCGUAAGGAUAUCAUCGGGCGCGGCGAGAGGAUACAGUGUGCCGGUCGAUCGCGGGGAACUCGAGAAAGUGUGCCUUCGUCCGGGGGGGAUAGUCAAGCGCGACGUGGAGGCCGCGUUUGCGUGAGGCAGAAGAAGGUAGGGGUGGACAAGCGGAAUCGCGCGGCACGUGGCCACGGGCGAAAGUGUCACGUGGGUGGUGUUAGUGCAUCGCGUCCGUCGUCCGAAUCACGUCGGUGCCUUGUGGCGCUCUCGCGGGCUUCCGUCCGGGGUCCCACUCGCAAAGGUUGUGCGACGAGAAUCGUGCGAAUCUGCUGGGAAGAAGAAGAAGAAGAAGAAGAAGAAGAAGAAGAAGAAGCUGGGGAGAAAAAGAGAAACCGCACGAAAGUGGUUUGCAAAAUAAGCACGAAAACGGAACAGCUGCGAGUUCUCUUUUCCCUCUCACCGUGUGUGUAAUAAAAAAAAAAGAGAAAGCAGCGCGAGAGGAAAGAGGGUACGCGUGUAGACAUUGGGCAACCGCAGGAACCAGAUGAAACCCAUGGUGGGGAGCGGUCGUUGCGAUGUCUUACGACACUCGUCCGCGCAACGACUUUCGCAUUGAUGUAACUCGAUGACUAACGAGCGGCCGAGAACAGCGGAGCAGAUUAAUCAACGAUGAAGAGUCAUCGUGGUCCAUGGUGAAGAGGAAACAUCUCGAGCCGCGCACGGAACACUCGUCCGCGAGUCCGCGAGCGAAAGAACUCGAUGCGAAGCGCUCCUUUCCGAGACGCAUCGACGUUCGGGACGUCGCGGCGAGUAAUUAUUCCGCACUAAUUAGCGGCUCGACGAGCGAAGAUCGGGGGAGACGGCGGAGCGGCGUUAAUGUGCGUACCGCGCGCGAGAGAGACGCGUUCGCGACGCGAAGAGCUGCGAGUGUCGUGAAGGGGUGGUGAUCUGUUCCGAGGGGGAAGAGGUUAUUAUAUACGUGCGCACACAGCGGUGCACACCUGGGCAACGUCGCGCGCGCGGAGGAAAAAAAGUGGGAAGACAGAGGAGGAGGCACCGGGGGUCCCCUUGGCGUGGAAAGUUCCGCGAGCGCGCCCGAGGGAAAGCCGGAAGUUGUGGUAGACGAAAAACAUUUGCGGAGGACGUUUACGGCGGAAGCCACCGCACUCUUCUUCCUUCUCGUUCGCUCUCUGCCUCUCUAUUUCGCUGUCUAACAACUGACGAUAAAAGGAGGAUCGUUAAAACUGGAAAGAAGAAGAAGAAGAAGAAGAAGAAGAAGAAGAAGAAGAAGUGGAAAAGCCCGCGAAAUGACCGAACACUUGGUAAGGAUCGAGGAACGUUGAGGUUUUCUACGGUGCACUCGAUUACGCGGAAAUUCUCUACGAAGUGCGAAGUACGAGGUGUGACUUUUUCCUUGUCGUCCUUGUCGUCGUCAUUGUACAAACGUUCGCGAUUAUCGCCGCGCAAAUGUCAAGUGAACGAUGAAGUACUCGAGAGUGCAGACGAAGAAGAAGAAGUGGAGCGCCACUUCGCACGGCGAAUCGUGCUCCAGGUGCGGCAAGUGUCUGACUAAAAUGCAGCUCGUACUACUGUCGGUGCUACUCUACUCCUCUCUGACGACAGCUGCGGCGCUACAGCUACUGAAACUAGAAGUACCCAGCAUCGUCGACCCGAGAUGGGAGAAAGUGUCGUUAAAAUGCCUGUACGAUCUGCACGGCGACGAGCUGUAUUCUGUCAAGUGGUACAAAGACGGCGACGAAUUCUUCAGAUUCAUGCCGGGAUCGACACCGGCGGGGAGGGACUACCAUGUGAAAGGCGUAUUCGUCGACGUCAAGCAGAGUGACAACAAACAAGUGACACUUCUGGGUCAAGCAUACAACGGCCGAAGAGGUGAGGUCAACUUGGCAGGCACCUACGGCUGCGAGGUGUCGUCUGAGGCUCCGAGCUUUCUCACUGCCUACAACGAAGCGAAUAUGAGCGUGGCUGUACCACCCAAGGCUGCCCCAGCACUCGAAGGGGUGCGACCUUCUUACGAGGUCGGAGAGAUCCUCGAAGCGGAAUGCACGUCGGGCUUGAGCUACCCUCCGGCAGUUUUAACAUUCAUCUUAAACGGUAAAGAGGUGAACAGAGCUUUAAUCAAAAACUUGCCGAUGAGCGGCAACAUAGACGGAAGCGUGGUCUCUACGACGAGACUGGGCUUGACUUUGCGCCUGGAACGACAUCACUUUCCUGGCGGCAUUCUCAGCCUGGUCUGCGAAUCGGCGCUACCGGGCAUCGCGAAUGUCGAACCGCUCCAGACGCUCGAGGUCGCCACUCUGGCCGCCAGUAACCAGCGUCUCGCCCAGGAACCCCCGAAGUCGGGUUCGUGGUCGAACACGGCCGCCUACCCGAGCCUGAUCUGCUGGACGACGCUGCUGAUUCACGUUGUACGUUUCGACGCAUUCAGAUUUCUCUAAUAUAUAUCGUGUAUACCCUCUCUCUCUCUCUCUCUCUCUCUCUCUCUCUCUCUCUCUCUCUCUCUCUGCGUACAACAACGGUCGACGUCGUUCUCGCGAUCGACGGCAGCGGGACGGCGCAUCGUCGGCGAUCGCGAUGUGUCUUUGAAAUUCGUGCUAUAAUUAAUGCAACGUUGCACACGUCUCCACUUGUCACCCUCGUCAUCGGGAAAGUGUCGCGGCCUCGUUGUCAUCGCAGCUUUUAUUUCUCUCGUUCCGCCUGUUAAUCGCUCGCGUUACAUCGCUCGCGUUCGCGAUGUACGCGGUCCCCGUCCCCGGAAUACCCGUGUGACGACUGAGCACCGCGCGCGCGUUCGGCGUCCCGAAUCUUCGCGUACCCCGUACACGUUCACUCGCAUGUAUACACAGUGUUAGGACACCCCGUAUAAUGUAGCGGAUAAUUCGGAGGUACGAGACGAUAGCAAUACAACACUACACUACUACGUAAAGUAGGUCAAAACGCGGACGCACGACGUUGUACAUAGUGUAUAAUUGUGGAUUAGCGUUACAAGUUAUCGUGUACAAUUAACGCGGUGACGGCAAGGUACGGUGAGAGAGAGAGAGAGAGAGAGAGAGAGAGAGAGAGAGAGAGAGAGAGAGAGAGGCCGGAAGGGUUGGGAGGAGGAGGAGGAGGAGGAGGAGGACGGCGAUGGAAAUACGAUGAAAGUAAAAGAGACGAAGUGUUAAGAGAAAGCGAGCGAGAUGUUAAAUCGGGGAUUCGCGCGAGGAGGAACGGCGCGGUUGGGAGAACGUACCGAGAGCCGAAAUAUUUAUCACUGAAAUCAGACCAGAAAUAUAGUUUAAUAAAAUAUAGAUGUGUGUGUACGAGCCGCGAUCCCCCUCUAGGUGUACGGCUCGACGUCGACGUAUAUAGAGUGUAUAAUUGUGUGGUUAAUUCGACUAUAUUUUCCACAUCCGAUCUUCCUCGACCCGGUGGGCGAGAUUCUGCGUAUGUGUAAGAGAUAUAUGACGCCUUUGUUCCACUGUAAUUUUACAUGAAUCCAAUUCUUGUCGUUAUCAUCGAAGUGAUUGCAGUAAUAAAAUGAUGAUUUAAUCAA